AUGGAGAUGAGCGACGAGUAUCAGGACAUGGGGAACCCUGGUGGAGGGGUGGCAGUGGUCAAUAUGCCUAUGGCCCAUCAUCAACACACGCCGGACAGUCCACUGUCGCAUCAGGAGGAGGAUAUGUCGGAUCCAGACCUUCAGGACGAAGAGAGCGGCGAAGAGUUACCUCAGCAACCACUUCAGGGUAACACGCACUCCUCGUCGGAUAAUGCAUCCGCGCAGGCCGGUACACCUACUCCAUUAACACACUUGAACAGCCUGAUGGGCGCGCACCAUCCGCACUUUCUGGCCAAGCUGAAAAUGGAGCCAACGGACGUGGACGCGCUGAACAAUAAAAGCGGUCUGGAGGCACUGCAAGCCGCGAUGGGCGGCAGCGGUUUCAAUCUACCGUUCUCGUUUCCACCGCCAGCGGCGUUCCUGACGCCGCAGCAUCACUCGCAAAACAGUCAUCCGCAGUCGGGUGGCGGUAUCGGAAGCGGCGUCGGGAAUCAGGUAACAUCGUCGGCCAGCUCGCAUUCCAGCGAAUCGUCGCAGGGCAGCGCGAGAAACGGCGGCGAGCCACGGGAGAGCAGCAAUCAUUCGCAGAGCAACUCGACGGGAACGAAUCACCAGCAACAGACCAGUUGGAGCUUCGAAGAGCAGUUCAAACAGGUGCGUCAGCUGUACGAGAUCAACGACGACCCGAAAAGAAAGGAAUUCCUCGACGACCUCUUCAGCUACAUGCAGAAACGAGGGACACCGAUAAAUCGACUACCUAUAAUGGCGAAAUCAGUGCUGGAUCUAUACGAGCUGUACAAUUUGGUGAUCGCGAGAGGAGGGCUUGUCGACGUGAUCAACAAGAAGCUCUGGCAGGAAAUCAUCAAAGGCCUCCACCUGCCAUCGAGCAUCACUUCCGCCGCGUUCACUCUGCGCACCCAGUACAUGAAAUACCUGUAUCCGUACGAGUGCGAGAAGAGACGACUGUCGACGCCCGCGGAGCUCCAGGCGGCGAUCGACGGAAAUCGACGCGAGGGACGUCGAAGCAGUUACGGAGCUUACGCGGCGAGCGGCGGCGCGACGGCCGAUGGUUUGGUCCAGAGGAACCCUCACACGCCCAAUUCACUCGCGUUGCACGCCCAAAUGUCGCCGUUGUCUCUGGUCACGGCUGUCGCAGCCGGCGGACAACAUCACGGUCCUCAGUCCUUGGUGAACGGAAGCGCCGCGCACACACCUCUGCCUCACCAUCCGCAUCACCCGCAACACCCUCAAGGACUACCUGGACAGCCACCAAACGCAGGACCGAUCCCGGGGAUGGCGCCGUCCGAGUUCGAGGCACGUAUGGUCGAGUACGUGAAGCUGCUGAACAAAGAGCUGAGGAGCGCUGGCGCCGGUACACCACCACCGAUGAUCCAUCGACAGGGAAGCGCGUCUCCUCCGUCCUCGACACCACCUAGAGACGGUGCUUUCAGCGCGUUGGAGAUGUCUCGACUCACCCUGUGGAACAUGUACAACAACAACACCCUCUAUCCAGGUGUUGGUCAUCAGCCACCUUUAUCCCCGCAGACCUCGCACUCGCCGGUACCUCCAGCAUCUAGCCCCGAACCUCAGAGGGAAGCUCUCGAUCUUGGGCUUAGGUCGUCACCCGUGUCGUCGUCGCCUGCGAGACAAAGUUCACCGUCUUCGGGCGGCAGCGUGCAGGUGAAGAGGGAUCCAGACCUGACAGGAACACCUGGACCUCCACCGGCGAAAAGGUUACUCUCGGACGACGACAGUCCGAUGGAGAAACACGCAACAGCCUCUGUAGGCACGCACAUUAAAAUUUCCAACCGAGGAGACGGAAGGAACGGUGAUAAUUCCCUAGUAGUUAGUAUGGAGCUGAACGGAGUGAUGUACCAGGGGGUUCUAUUCGCCCAGAGCGACAGCAGAACCGCGACAAGUACGGCGAACAGCAACAAUAGCAACGCGAAGGCGUCGCGGAGCGUGGUCUCGUGAACGAGCAACGACCAACAACCCAGCCUAAUCCACGAUGUGUCUCGAUACUUCAUCCAUCAUUAGCAUUAUUCAUCUGUAGCGAUAUA